AUGAAAGAGGAGAAAGAGAACAAGGGGCGAGAGCGGCGAGUGGAGAUCCAGUUCAGAGACAGAGAGGAAGGGGAGAAACGGAAAGAGAAAGAUGAGAAAAAGGAGGUGCUCACUAAGGUGGUGAUCCGGCGUUUACCUCCUAACCUAACAAAAGCACAGUUAGAGGAACAACUGCAUCCACUCCCAACGCAUGAUUAUUUUGAAUUUUGUGCUGCAGAUAUAAGCCUUUACCCCCACCUGUUCUCUAGAGCUUACAUCAAUUUUAAAAAUCCCGAUGACAUAAUUCUCUUCAGAGACCGAUUUGAUGGAUAUAUCUUCAUUGAUAAUAAAGGCCAGGAAUAUCCUGCUGUGGUUGAAUUUGCUCCAUUUCAGAAAAUUUCCAAAAGAAAACUGAAAAAGAAAGAUGCAAAAUCUGGGAGCAUCGAGGAAGACCCUGAGUACAAGAAGUUUUUGGAAAGUUACUGUGCAGAUGAAGAGAAAAUUGCAGCCAACCCAGAGACGCUUCUGGGAGAGAUAGAGGCAAAGACCAGAGAACUGAUUGUGGGUACAGACCAAUUCCUAACACUGGAGAAUGUCUAUAGCCAGGAACUUAAAGGUGUAAGCAGAACUUGGAAGCAGCUGCGUGUCUACAAGAACACAGCCAGGAGAACCACACCACUUCUGGAGUAUAUUAAAAACAAGAAGCUUGAAAAACAGCGAAUCAGAGAGGAGAAAAGAGAAGAAAGGAGGAGGAGGGAGCUGGAAAAAAAACGUUUGAGAGAAGAAGAAAAAAGGAAACGUAGGGAGGAAGAAAGGCGUAAAAGGAAAGAAGCAGAAAAACAGAAAAAAUUGGCAGAGAAGGAAAGAAAAGAAGAAAUAAAAAUUAAGUUGUUGAAAAAGGCUGAUAAAGAGGAGGAAAAGGACUCCGACAAAUGGAAGGAGAAAGCAGAGGAUGGUGACAAUGAGAAAGGAAAGUGGGAAAAAUCAUGUUGUCCAGGAAACUUGCAAGGAAAACGGCCAGAGAUUACGCAGAAAGAUGCCAAAGAUAAACAACCAAGUGACAGUGAUAGAGAACGUAAGGAGAGGGAACGGGAAAGAAGAUUAAGGGAAAAAGAACGAGAACGAGAGCGACAGAGGCGACGUGAGGAUGAGCGCAGAAAGCAAAAAGAGCGUUAUGAAGAGAGGGCUAUGAGAACAAAAGAAGAAGAAACAAAAAGAGGGAAAGAACAUGGACAGGAAAGAGAAAAGAAGGGAGACAGCCUGAGCUACAUGUUCAGUACUGAGAAAAUAGACAAACUGGGUAAAGAAGACAAAAAUGAUGACAUGGGAUCUAAAAGGGAGCGGAUAAGGAAUAAGGACCGUCCAGCCAUGCAGUUGUACCAACCUGGAGCACGCUGCCGAACUCGUCUAGGAUCUGGUGGAAAAGCAUAUGAUUGUUGCAGUAAAUCCACUGAAGACAGCAUAGAGAGAAAGUAUGAAGAUGAUAGCUCUGUUGGAGCUUGUUCUGAGAAGAGUUGUGAAGAAUGA